AAUAAAAACAAGUGAUUAAGGCAAGAUGCCAGCGUAUCUAAAUACGCAGUUAGGGAACACAAAGUUAUUUUGCGCACCCCCUUGAGAUAACGCUGACCAGCAGUUGAGAAACGUUUGUGUCAAUUGAGUGUGAACGCCCGGCCACGUGGCCGUGGGUUCUCGCUUUUUCUCGUCGAAUUAAAAUUGAAACAAAAAAUAAAAAAGGUAAUAAUUGGAAAAAACAACUAAUAGUAGAAAGUUUGAAACAAUAAUAAGGGAGAAAAAAAAUAUAUAAAAACAGAGAGCUUGUCGAUCGAUUUAGUUGAUUGAUAUUGGAAUGAACGUAGGGUGAGUGGAUUCAGCAAUGAAAGGCGUCUCCUCGGCGCCCGGAGAUUACAUACACUUCAAGUCCCAAGUCCCUCUUCACAAGAUCCCUAUUGGCACAAAGCAGUGGCGAUAUUAUGAUUUUGGUCCCAAAGUGGUUCCUCCACUCAUAUGUCUUCCUGGAACUGCAGGGACAGCAGAUGUCUUCUACAAACAGAUCAUGUCCUUGUCCAUGAAGGGUUACCGGGUGAUAUCUGUUGAUAUUCCCCGUGUUUGGAAUCAUCAGGAAUGGAUUCAAAGUUUUGAAAAGUUCUUGGAUGCCGUUGAUGUUCACCAUAUACAUUUAUAUGGUACAGCCCUUGGAGGCUUCCUAGCUCAACUUUUUGCUCAACAUCGUCCAAGACGAGUUAAAUCCUUAAUUCUAUCAAAUACAUUUUUGGAGACACGCAGUUUUGCAGCGGCAAUGCCUUGGGCACCUAUUGUUGGUUGGACCCCGUCUUUUUUGUUGAAACGAUACAUCUUAACAGGAAUUCGUGAUGGCCCUCAUGAACCUUUUAUUGCUGAUUCUGUGGACUUCGUUGUUUCACAGGUUGAAACACUCUCAAGAGAUGACUUGGCAUCUAGGUUGACUUUGACAGUCGAUACUGCUUCAGUUGAACCUCUACUACUUUCAGAUUCAUUUAUCACUAUAAUGGAUACAAACGACUACUCUGCAAUUCCUCAACAACUCAAAGAUCAGCUUAGUGAGAGGUACCCGGGGGCAAGGCGAGGUUAUCUGAAAACAGGAGGUGAUUUCCCAUUUCUUUCCCGCCCAGAUGAAGUCAACCUACAUCUUCAGCUGCACCUGAGACGUGUUGGAGUAGAAGCUCAGCCGGAUUUGGUUCGGAGCAUCCCAAAAGACGGCACUGGUGGGAGCCCUAGCAAAGAAAAUGAUGAAAAGAAGGAUACUGAUGACCAACCGAAAGAUAAUGGGGGUAAUCUCGAAAGUACUUCUGAAGAAAACCAGCUACCUCCAGCUCCGGAAAGUUCAGAAUCUCAUGGCCUAGAUGAUCAGGUCCUCAUCAAUGCAAAAAUGUAUUCCAUUGGUCAUGAAGAUGGAAUUACUUUGACGCAAUCUGCAUUCUUGAAGAAUCAACACUCUGUAGCCGCUAGAAUCCUCCUUCAAUCGAGUUGGGAGUUACUUAUUUUUUCUUUGCUUCCCCUUUUUGUGGAGUCAUUGUACAUCACUUAUAAUAAUGUUUGGAAAUUCAGACAACUGGUGUAAAAUUGAACAUAAAUUAGCACUUUUUUCGCAUUGCUGUUGUUCAUACAAGCAAUUGUUGCAGACCAGCCGGCGAUUUCCAUUGAAAUUGUUGUACCUGUUUCAUUAUUUCGAAAUUCUUGUUAUUAUUGAAUUCAAAUCAAAUCUUGUUU